CAGCACAUCCCUGUGAUUGGCCCCACCACCACCAGAGUACAGAUGGAAAAUAGCUACUGUACCGAGUACACCUUGAUAUCUUUUUCCAGUAAGCAAUACUUUCCAUGGUUACUCGACGUAUUACCAACACUCUCACAACCUCCGUGGCAACUUCCUCCCAAUAAUACUAAUACCAAAUCCGCCGCCUCCUCUCCUUUCGCUGGCUCGAAAAACAAAAGCGACCGCCGAACACUUUGGCUCUUCCUAACAGCUCGCGAUUUGGGCCAAUAGAAAAGUGAGAAACGACUUCUUUUGAGGGUUACAGGAAGGGAGCGCGGACGAGAUGUCUACAACACUGGGGUGAGCUUCAUUCCCUGAAGGAACAGCUUUUGACAGAUCUUGUUCUAACUGUCUAUAGAGCCUUUGUCGCAGGUGGGAUCGCAGCUUGCGGCGCUGUCACAGCUACUCAUCCUUUUGAGACGGUCAAGAUUCGGUAUGAACUCUGCAACUCUUUAUAGUCCUUACCCCACUGAUCCCAUUCGCGCAGCAUGCAAUUACAAGGAGAACUUCAGGAGAAGAGUAUACAACCCCGCAUGUACAAGGGCCCAUUCCACGGCGUCACAGUCAUCGUUCGCAAUGAGGGAAUUCGGGGAAUUUACCGAGGAAUUGGAGCCGCAUAUAUCUACCAAAUGAUCCUCAAUGGAUGCAGAUUGGGCUUUUACGAACCCAUACGGCAGGCUGUCACAACUGCUGUAUUUGCGGAUUCAAAAACACAAAGUUUGGGUGUCAAUAUCAUGGCCGGCGCAUCCUCUGGAAUUCUCGGCGCUGCAGCUGGAAGCCCAUUCUUUCUGGUAAAGACGAGGUUACAGAGUUUCUCGCCUUUCGCACCAGUUGGCACCCAGCACGCAUACAAAAACGCCGUAGACGGAAUGAGACAGAUUUACAAAGGCGAAGGUAUUAAUGGACUCUAUAGAGGUGUUGGUGCUGCUAUGGUACGAACUGGUUUCGGUAGUUCCGUACAAUUGCCUACAUAUUUCUUUGCCAAGAGGAGACUGGUCAAGCAUUUGAGAAUGGAGGAUGGCCCUGCCCUCCAUUUGGCAAGCAGCACAGCGAGUGGAUUCGUUGUGUGCUGCGUGAUGCACCCACCAGGUAUGAACACGAGCCAUAUCCCGCCAGAAUUCAACUAAUGCCAGAGUAGAUACCAUCAUGUCUCGCAUGUACAACCAAAAUGGCAAUCUUUACAAGGGUGUAUUUGAUUGCCUUGGAAAGACAAUUAAGACCGAGGGAGUCCUGGCUAUCUAUAAGGGCUUCUUGCCUCAUCUAGCAAGAAUCUUGCCUCAUACCAUCUUGACUCUCAGUUUGGCGGAACAAACGAACAAGCUGAUGCGGAAGUUUGAGGACAAAAUUCUUCCCAGCACAAAUAUCAAGGAUGAGAUCUAG